ACACGAGCCAUUUGAUAAACCAGUUCACGUUGGACACAUUAUGUGAGCCGUUUCUCGCUGUGCAUUUUCCAAACCUGUUACAAGAAAUAUUUAUCGGCUCAGGGAAUCCGAUAUCCGGUGUAUCUCGCACACAUCGUUUCAUCUCUGCGAUAGUGAAAAAAAGUUUUCUUUUCGGUUUCCAGCUUCCCGUCAACAUAUUCUACCUGUGCUAAUUGAUACGCAAUUGCCCGUGGUUCGACAGGGAAACCGCUAGGAGGAGUAAAGUGCGUAAAGUGAAAUAAUGACCAUCAAUAAUAUAUUGUGGUUCCGCCAUGGGCUUCGCUUGCACGAUAAUCCUAGCCUGUUGGAAGCGCUUAAGAGCGAUUGCAUGAAUCAGUCCAGUGAGGCGGUGAAGCUGUUCCCGAUCUUCAUAUUCGAUGGCGAAAGUGCAGGCACCCGCAUCGUUGGGUACAACCGGAUGAAGUUCCUGCUGGAAUCGUUGGCUGACCUUGACCGACAGUUUCGUGAACUUGGCGGACAGUUGCUGGUGUUUCGGGGCGAUAGCAUAACCGUGCUUCGCCGUUUGUUCGAGGAGCUGAACAUCAAAAAGCUGUGCUUCGAGCAGGACUGUGAACCGAUCUGGAAGGAACGUGAUGAUGCCGUCACCCAACUCUGCCAGAAGAUGGACAUUCGUUGCGUGGAAAACGUAUCGCAUACGCUCUGGAAUCCGAACGAGGUGAUACAGACGAAUGGUGACAUUCCACCGUUAACGUAUCAGAUGUUUUUGCAUACGGUGAACAUAAUUGGAGAUCCACCCCGUCCGGUCGGUGCACCGAACUUCGAAUUCAUUGAAUUUGGCCGCAUUCCGGCCAUACUUUCUUCCGAGCUGAAGCUUUGCCAGCAGAUACCUGCGCCGGAAGAUUUCGGCAUUUUCUACGAAGGCGAUGCGAACAUUGCUUUUCAGAAGUGGAUUGGUGGUGAAACGCGUGCCCUGAAAGCGCUUGGCGCACGGCUGAAACAGGAAGAGGAAGCUUUCCGCGAAGGUUACUAUCUGCCAACGCAGGCCAAGCCGGAAAUUCUUGGUCCAGCAACGUCCAUGAGUGCGGCCCUUCGCUUCGGCUGUCUGUCCGUGCGUAUGUUCUACUGGUGUGUGCACGAUCUGUUCGAGAAGGUGCAGUCGAACAGCCAGUUUAAGUAUCCCGGCGGCCAUCACAUCACCGGACAGCUGAUUUGGCGCGAAUACUUCUACACGAUGUCGGUACAAAAUCCAUACUAUGGUGAGAUGGAACGCAAUCCGAUUUGUUUGAACAUUCCGUGGUAUACACCGGAGGACGAUUCGCUGGUCCGAUGGAAGGAGGGCCGGACGGGCUUCCCGAUGAUUGAUGCGGCCAUGCGGCAACUGUUGGCCGAAGGUUGGCUGCAUCAUAUAUUGCGCAACAUUACCGCAACAUUUCUCACACGCGGAGGACUUUGGCUAAGCUGGGAGGAAGGUUUGCAACAUUUCCUCAAGUACCUGUUGGAUGCUGAUUGGUCCGUGUGUGCCGGCAACUGGAUGUGGGUAUCUUCGUCCGCUUUCGAGCGAUUGCUCGAUUCGUCCAAAUGCACCUGCCCGAUUGCACUAGCGCGCCGACUCGAUCCGAAGGGUGAUUACGUCAAGCGCUAUCUACCCGAACUGGUCAACUAUCCAGUACAAUUUGUACACGAACCAUGGAAAGCUUCCCGGGAGCAACAGAUCGAGUAUGGGUGCGUGAUUGGUGAAAAUUAUCCUGCACCCAUGAUCGAUUUGGGUGUAGUUUCGAAGCGUAACGCGCACACGAUGGCCUCGUUACGGGACAAGCUGGUGGAUGGUGGUUCUACACCGCCUCAUUGCCGCCCGUCGGAUAUUGACGAGAUCAGACAGUUUUUCUGGUUGUCAGAUGACGCCGCAACAGAAGCAUAAAAGGCCUAAAACCAUAACCAUACAAAACAAUAUAUGGACAAAACCAUAUAAGGAAAACCGACCACGGCUGAAUCAGAUUGGACGGAUGUUGUUGAUUUUAUUUGAACACGAAGAGAAUUGUAUUUAGUUUUUCCUUUUGUUACUGUUUAUUAGCUAUCCUUCUUUCCGACGGUGUUAAUGGGAUAAAGUUCGUAAAGAACGCUUUCGUGUGGUAUAUAUGUAUAUUUUUGUUUUUAUAGUAUGCAAAAAAGCAAACGGGAAUCCAUGUUUCGUUUGUUUUUGCAUAGUGUCCAUUUUCUAGAUAAGAACUGUACGUGUACGUAGAUCAAAUAUGCGUUUCCCAUACAUCCCGGCCAUUCAAGGAAGGACGAAUCUAAUUCCUCUUCUGCCGGGCACGGAAUGGAAUAGACUUACAAAAGUCAUCGAUGCCGACCAGAAUCGACGAAGCGGAUGUGUUCUCAAUUGAAAGUGUAUACCAAAUAUGUAUAUCCGUAAAAAAAAAACAAUAAAACUUCAGAUGCAUUU